AUGGUCAAGACAAUUCGGUUGCAUGGGUUUUCCUCCAUCGAGUCUCCAGAAGCGGUGACAGAAUUUCUUGAGGAAUAUACUGGGAAAGCAACUGUUUCUGAUGUCCAGAUUCUUCCGCCUAAAGAUGGAAAAUCAAGAGCAUCUGCCAUAGUUGAAUUCACACAUGCAGAAUAUGCUGACGUGAUAAUUCCAUUAGCCAAUGAUCGACUUCUGUGGUACGGGGGUUCUUAUCUGAAAGCUAGAAAGCAGAAGCUUGAAAACUUUGAACAUAACAUGGAACUUGUGAAGCUGCACUCGGGCUUCCUGACUUCUGAGGAACAGUUUUCUGUGCUUUGGACAACAUCGUAUGUUUCAGUGAAAUUCGGGACAGCAUUUAAGAAUAUCUACCUAUUGUUUUCUUUUGAUGAUGUUGAACACAAGCUAGAGAUCUCCUCUGAAAGUAUUAGCCAGAUUGAGCUAAAUCAUCCACGGGGCCAAUUUCCAAAAUUUCUUCUAAUCCAGUUACUUGGUGCCCCUCGGAUUUUCAAGAAAGAUUCUCAAAAUCGCUGGGUUCGAGAAGUUGAUUUCACUCCUUCAUGCUGCAUUGGGCAAUCUUCUGCUGUAUGCUUGGAACUUCCACCUAGGUGUGAGCUUCCAAAUCUGCGCAAGUGUUUUGUUGAUUAUAAAGAAAAUGAAGGACGGUUCAUCCUGGAGGAAGGCAACACUUUCUCCUGUAAUUCAGAUCUUGUUCCUAUUGUAGGUCCACCCAUGGGCAUUAACUUGCCAUACAAAAUCCUGUUUAAGAUAAAUUCCUUGGUUCAGCAUGGAUGUGUUCCUGGGAAAGCACUUGAUGUCAAUUUUUAUAAGCUAGUUGAUCCUAGUAGAAUAAGAAUUGAAUACAUAGAGUGUGCCCUGGACAAGCUGUUUCGGUUAAAAGGGUGCUGCUAUGAGCCUGUGAGUUGGCUUACUGAGCAGUACAGAGAGUACAUGGCAUGCAAGCGAAUUCCUCAGUCGCCUGCUAUUUCUUUAGAUGAUGGGAUGGUCUAUGUGCACAGGGUUCAAGUAACACCGACUAAAGUUUAUUUCUGUGGUCCAGAGGCCAAUCUAUCCAACCGUGUUUUACGAAAUUAUUCUGAACAUGUUGAUAAUUUUCUUCGUGUUUCUUUCGUGGAUGAGGACAUGGGUCUGAUACAUUCAGGAGCUUUAUGCCCGCUUACGAAUUGUACAACUUCUACAGAAGAGGAAAGGAGAACUGGCGUUUAUGACAGGAUACUUUCUACUCUAAGAAAUGGCAUAGUCAUUGGUCAAAAGAAGUUUGAGUUUCUUGCCCAUUCGGCGAGUCAACUGCGAGAGCAUUCUGUGUGGAUGUUUGCAUCAACAAGUGAGGUGACUGCACAAGACAUCAGAAACUGGAUGGGAGAUUUUAGUGACAUCAGAAAUGCGUCAAAAUAUGCUGCCAGGUUAGGUCAGGCUUUCAGCUCUUCCUGGAAGACUUUUGAUGUUGAUAGGGAUGAAAUCGAACUCAUUCCCGAUGUCGAAAUUGAAAGAGGUGGAGUCAAAUAUUGUUUCUCUGAUGGAAUUGGGAAGAUAUCUGCUGAGUUUGCUGGAAGAGUGGCAAUCAAGUGCGGCAAAAGUACAACUCCAUCUGCCUUUCAAAUUCGAUACGGCGGCUAUAAAGGUGUUGUGGCAGUUGAUCCUACAUUGUCAAAGAAGUUGGCGCUGCGAGAUAGCAUGUGCAAGUACCAAUCCAACAACGCAACACUCGAUGUUCUGGCAUGGAGCAGGUACCAAGCUUGUUUCCUUAACCGUCAAGUGAUCACCAUUCUGUCCACCCUCGGAGUCCCCAAUCAUGUUUUUGUGAAAAAGCAAAAACAGGCUUUGAAACAGCUGGAAGGUGUUUUGGCUGACCCGUUAAGAGCGCAGGAAGCACUUGAAAUCAUAUUCCAGGGAGUCUUCACCAACGCUUUGAAGGAAAUGCUUGUGUGUGGUUAUAAGCCAGAUGCAGAACCAUUUCUGUCAUUGAUGCUACAAGCAUUCUGUGCGUCCAAGCUUGUAGAACUGCGGAGCAAGACACGGAUAUUUGUUCCAGAUGGAAGAUCCUUGAUGGGAUGUCUAGAUGAAACCCGGACAUUGGAAUAUGGUCAAGUAUAUGUGCAAUGUUCUCGCCGGAAGAUCUUUGGUUGCAAUAGGAGCGAUACUUCAAGUGAUGACAAUUUUAUUGUUAGGGGAAAAGUAGUGGUAGCCAAAAACCCCUGUUUACACCCAGGGGAUGUUCGCGUUCUUGAGGCUGUGAACGUGCCGGCAUUGCACCACAUGGUGGAUUGUGUAGUUUUCCCGCAGAAAGGAAAGAGACCUCAUCCCAAUGAAUGCUCGGGAAGUGAUUUAGAUGGAGAUUUUUACUUUGUCAGUUGGGACCCUGAUCUAAUUCCUCCUCUGCAAGUUCCACCCAUGAAUUAUACCCCAGCAGAGACUAUUAAAUUGGAUCAUGAUGUGACAAUGGAGGAGGUUGAGGAAUCCUUUACCAACUUCAUAGUUAACGACAACUUGGGGAUAAUUUGUAAUGCGCAUAUUGUCUUUGCAGAUAGAGAGCACUGGAAGGCUAGCAGUACUUCAUGUAUCGAGCUCGCCCAUCUCAACUCGCAUGCUGUCGACUCUCCGAAAACUGGUGUGGUAGUGAAAGUGCCAAGCCACCUUCGUGUCCAUGAAUUCCCUGAUUUUAUGGAAAAGGUUGACAAACCCACCUACGAGUCCAAGCGUGUGAUUGGGCAGCUUUUCCGACGGGUGAAAGAUCUUGAGCUUGCAUCAGAUUCGCCUUCAAACUCGGCCACGAUUAAAGCCUUCACUAUGGAAGUGGCUUUGAAGUUCUAUGACCCUGACAUGGAGGUAGAUGGAUUUGAAAACUACGUCAAAGAUGCCAUCAAUUACAAAAGGGAAUAUGACUACAAGCUUGGAAACCUGAUAGAUGACUACGGUUUCAAAACUGAAGCCGAAAUACUAACUGGGAGCAUCACUGCAGUAUCAAAAAGAUUCAAUGGGGAAAACGACUUGGAGUCAAUUCAUUACGCUCUAAAGGCAUUGAAAAGGGAAGCUAGGAACUGGUUUGAUGAGAAGCUGGGAAGUGAUAUGCAGUCCGAUACGAACCCUGAUAUCAAUGAUGAACAUGCAGCAAAAGCAUCGGCUUGGUAUCAUGUUACAUAUCAUCCUCGUUACUGGGGUUGCGGCAACAAGGGAAUGGAAAGAGAUCAUUUCCUAAGCUUUCCAUGGUGUGUGUUUGACAAGCUCGUCCAGAUCAAGAGGAGCAAGACACGUAUGAGAAAUUCUCUACUUAAUCAUGCCAUGGAAAGUUAUUUCAAGUCUUUGAAUCUCAAAUACUAA